AUGGCAGCAGCUUCCAUGGCUGCCAGGGCCGGUGUCCUGCUCGUCGUCGCCGCCGCCGUGACCUGCUGUUUCCAUGCAAGCACGGGUAACGCGCAGCAGAUAGGCGGGCGGUGUCAGCUGUCGGACAUCAAGGUCUCGCAGGAGAAGACGGGGAAGGUGGUGCAGGGGCAGCCGGAGUACUGGGUGACCUUCGAGAACCUGUGCGAGUGCCCGGAGGACUACGUGGACGUGCGCUGCAACCGCCUGCCCAGCGUCGAGCCCAUCGACAGCAGGCAGAUCAAGGUGAUGGAUGAACUCUGCAUGCUCGCCACCACCCUCUUCAGGGGGUCCAAGAUCUCCUUCACCUACGCCUGGAACACGCCGCAGGACUUCACCGUCGUCAGCGCCACUUCGCGGUGUGGCGAGGGGAGUGGUCGAAGCCUAGAGGCUGCCCUUCAAAAUUAG